AAGAAAAAAAACAAAGAAACAAAAGCGAAGCAUCGUUAGGAGGAAGGCCGUAGACCCAAGAUUCCAAGAAGCUAGCAGGCCAACUCCGACGACUGUCUACCUUAUCGAACUGUUAUGAACUAGAGCACGCCAUGGCUAAAUCACCGAAGUUUUUCUACUCUCACAGCACCUUACCCUCCUGGACCUCCCGCCUCCGCCGCGUCUCCUCCUCUUCCUCCAAUUUCUGUCUUUGCUUCCUGAUCAUGGGUCUCGCUGGCAUCCUCUUUGGAUCCAUCGUUCUUUUAAGAGAGUUCAUCUCUGGUCCCAAGUGCUUCGCUGCAGAUCCCAUAUCCAUGUCUGUAGCUUGGGAGCGCGGUAGUGGAACCUUGUCCGAUCAUUUCGUCCUCAAUGGAGGCGCCGGUCAUAGAGAGAGGCAAAAAAUAAUGGGCUUUGUUGGGAUCCAGACAGGGUUUGCAUCCGCUGGCAGGCGGAGAUCUCUCCGGAAAACGUGGUUUCCGUCCGAUCGCCAAGGUCUUCUACGUUUAGAAGAAUCAACUGGUUUGGCUUUUCGAUUUGUGAUUGGCAAGACUAAGGAUAAAAAGAAGACAGCUGAGCUAAAAAGAGAAGUUAAAGUAUAUGACGACUUCUUGCUAUUAGACAUUGAGGAGGAAUACAGCAAACUCCCAUAUAAAACGCUAGCCUUCUUCAAAGCUGCUUAUGCAUUAUUUGAUGCUGACUUCUAUGUUAAAGCUGAUGAUGACAUAUACCUAAGGCCAGAUCGCCUUUCAUUGCUUCUGGCAAAAGAACGCCCAAACCCACAGACUUAUCUUGGAUGCAUGAAGAAGGGCCCAGUAUUCACUGAUCCAAAACUUAAGUGGUAUGAGCCUCUAUCUCAUUUGCUAGGGAGUGAGUACUUUUUGCAUGCAUAUGGUCCCAUCUAUGCUCUCUCAACUGAAGUUGUUGCAAGUUUGAUAUCUCUAAGAAAUGAUAGCUUUCGCAUGUUCAGCAAUGAAGACGUUACACUUGGGGCUUGGAUGCUUGCAAUGAAUGUCAAUCAUGAGGAUAACAGAGCGCUCUGUUCCCCUAACUGUACUCCAUCAUCCAUUGCUGUUUGGGAUAUUCCCAAGUGCUCAGGGCUCUGCAAUCCUGAACAGAUGAUGUUGGAACUCCAUCGAAAGGAAACUUGUUCAGCUGGUCCAACCUCAGCUUCUGAUUGAUGAUUUGAACCUCCAUGAUCUCGAUCCGGUUUAAGGGGCACUUGGAAGGGUAAUAUGGACGACUGAUAGCCUGGUUGAUUCGUUGUAUGAACGACCUGCAGUCUGGAGAACCAACAGUUUGGACUACCAACAGCCUUGAUGAGUGGUAGCAUGGUCGACCUGCAGCGUAUAUGACCCACGGUUUGGAUGACUCACAACUUGGACGACUUAAUACAAUUGAUGGUCAGGGGCCGCAUAUGUAAAAUAUCAAAAAUAACAUGUACAAUCCUCAUUAAAGCAAGGUUAGAAAUAUAAUAUCUUCAUGUUGUAUUCUAUUUCCAAUAAAUAGGGGACCAUUUCAUGUA